AUGAAAUCAGCCCUCCCUUCGUCCAUCACCAUCACUUCCGACGAUUUGAUCAGUUGCUAUGCAUUCUCCUUUGACAGUUCCUUCUUUUUUGCAGAAAAAAAAAUUAUCAGCAUUCUGAUUAAAGAAUCGCUUCAAUAUUUCUUUUCUCUUUAUUUUAAUUUCCAUCAUAAUUAUUUUCCUACUCAUCCUGUUCUCUCUCUUCCUCUCUUCCUGUUCUCUCUCUUCCUCUCUUCCUGUUCUCUCACUUUCUUCCUCUCUUCCGGUUCUCUUUCUUUUUCUCUUUCUGUUCUCUCUCUUUCUUCCUCUCUUCAGGUUCUCUCUCAUUCUUCCUCUCCUCCUUUUCUCUCUCUUUCUUCUUCUCUUCCGGUUCUCUCUCAUUCUUCCUCUCUUCCGGUUCUCUCUCAUUCUCCCUCUCUUCCUUUUCUCUCUUUUUCUUCCUCUCUUCCGGUUCUCUCUCAUUCUUCCUCUCUUCCUUUUCUCUCUUUAUUCUUCUCUUCCUGUUGUCUCUCUUUCUUCCUCUCUUCCUGUUCUCACUCUUUCUUUUUCUCUUCAUGUCCUCUCUCUCCCUGUUCUCUCUCUUUCUUCCCCUCUUCAUGUUCUCUCUCUUUCUUCCUCUCUUCCUGUUCUCUCUCUAUUCUUCUCUUCCUGUUCUCACUUUCUGUUCUCUUUUUCACUCUUCAUCACGUUCUCUCUUUUUCUAUUUCUCUUUUUCUGCUAAAUCUUUUUUUAUAUUUUUCUCUUCCAAUUCUUGUUUAUGUCUCUCUUUCUCUUCUCUUAUUUCUAUAUCUCUCUUUCCAUUUCCUUGUUUUCUAUUCCUCUCUUUCUUUUCUUUACCUAUUUCUCUGUCUUAUUCUCUAUUUAUCAUAA